GUAUCUGUUUAUUGCUCAGCCUGGGAUUUCCGACCACUUUGUGUACGUCUCGUCUCCCCUCUAUUUUCUUACUAUAUUCACCCCACCUCCGGCCACCUCACAUCCUGCGGCGGCGACCCCACUUUCGGGAUGCUCUACCAUCGGCUCUAAUUCAGUUUGCUAUAUAUCAAAAAGUAAAAACGAAAGUAUAUACUCUGGUGAGAAAUUGGACCACUCCGACAAGUGGAGUAAUCAAACAGACAGAAGCAGCGAUAAGUGCGAGGGAUGGCGUGUGUGUAUAUACCGGUACAGAAUUCAGAGGAAGAAGUGCGAGUGGCUCUGGACCAGCUUCCCAGAGAUGCAACUGAUAUCCUUGACAUUCUUAAAGCCGAACAAGCCCCUCUUCAUCUCUGGCUCAUCAUCGCCAGGGAGUAUUUCAAACAAGGUAAAAUUCAACAGUUUCGCCAAAUUCUUGAAGAAGGCUCCAGUCCUGAAAUCGAUGAAUAUUAUGCAGACGUAAGAUAUGAACGGAUUGCCAUUUUAAAUGCCCUGGGAGCCUAUUAUAGCUACUUUGGUAAAAUCGAGACCAAACAAAGAGAGAAAGAAGAACAUUUCAUUUUGGCUACACAGUACUACAAUAAAGCCUCCAGGAUUGAUAUGCACGAGCCUUCUACUUGGGUUGGCAAAGGCCAACUUUUACUAGCUAAGGGUGAUGUUGAUCAAGCUUUUGCUGCAUUCAAGAUUGUAUUAGAUGGAGACCGAGAUAAUAUUCCAGCUCUUCUUGGCCAGGCAUGUGUUGAGUUCAACCGUGGAAAAUAUCUGAGCUCAUUGGAGAUGUACAAGAGGGUUCUGCAAGUGUAUCCCAGAUGUCCUGCAGCUGUACGACUUGGCAUAGGUCUCUGUCGCUACAAACUUGGUCAGUUUGAGAGGGCCAAACAAGCAUUUGCGCGUGUAUUGCAGUUAGAUCCAGAAAAUGUUGAGGCCCUUGUUGCUCUUGGAAUCAUGGAUUUACAAUCCAAUGAAGCUUCUGGAAUUAGAAGAGCAAUGGAAAAGAUGCAAAGAGCCUUUGAUGUCUAUCCCUAUUGUGCAACUGCCCUGAACUAUCUUGCAAAUCAUUUCUUCUUCACUGGUCAACAUUUUCUAGUUGAACAGUUGACUGAAACGGCUCUUGCCGCAACUACUCAUGGCUCAACGAGGGCGCAUUCUUAUUAUAACCUUGCACGUUCAUAUCAUAGCAAGGGCGAUUAUGAAAAGGCUGGAUUAUACUACAUGGCAUCUGUGAAGGAAAUCAGUAAGCCGCAAGAGUUCAUUUUACCUUUUUAUGGCCUGGGACAAGUACAACUGAAAUUGGGAGACUUUAAAAGCUCUCUCUCAAAUUUUGAGAAAGUCUUGGAAGCUUAUCCCGAGAAUUGUGAGACACUGAAGGCUGUUGCUCACAUUUAUCUUCAGCUCAACCAAACUACCAAGGCUCAUGAAGCUUUGAAGAAAGCCGUCAAAAUUGAUCCACGAGAUCCUGAGGUCUUUUUAGAUCUUGGAGAAUUGUUAAUUUCAACCGACUCCGGAGCUGCCUUGGAUGCAUUUAAAACUGCACGUAAUCUUCUAAAAAAGGUAAAUGCAGAAGUAUCAGUUGAGCUUCUCAACAAUAUUGGCGUUCUUCAUUUUGAAAGAGGAGAAUUUGAGCUUGCCCAGCAAACUUUUAAGGAGGCUCUUGGUGAUGGAAUAUGGGUCAGUUUAAUGGAUAGUGAACCACAAUCUGACUCUGAUCCUGUCAGAAAAGCUUUAUACCAACCCAUGGAUGCCAGUGUAGCUGCUCGAACGUACAAAGACAUGCAGCUGUUUGUAAAUCUUGAGAAGGAUGGUAUUGUAGUUGAUUUACCAUGGGAUAAAAUCACAACUUUAUCCAAUUUGGCCAGACUGUUUGAGCAGUUGCAUAAAACUGAAACUGCUAGCCUUUUAUACCGUCUGAUCUUGUUUAAGUUUCCAGAGUAUGUAGAUGCUUAUCUACGGCUCGCUGCCAUUGCAAAAGCACGGAAUAAUGUUCCAUUAAGCAUUGAACUGAUACGUGAUGCUUUGGAAGUGGAUGAUAAAAAUCCAGAUGCAUUGUGCAUGCUGGGUGACUUGGAGCUUAAAAAUGAUGAUUGGGUCAAGGCAAAAGAUACCUUCCGUGCAGCAAAGGAUGCAUCAAACGGAAAGGAUUCUUAUGAUACUCUUUGUCUGGGGAAUUGGAACUAUUUUGCAGCGGUCAGAUCUGAGAAAAGAGCUCCCAAGUUGGAAGCGACACAUCUGGAAAAAGCGAAGGAGUUAUACACAAAGGUUUUGGUGGAGCAUCCAGCUAAUAUGUAUGCUGCCAAUGGUGCUGGUGUGGUGUUGGCAGAAAAAGGUCAAUUUGAUAUUGCAAAGGACUUGUUUACACAGGUUCAAGAAGCUGCAAGUAGAAGUGUUUUUGUUCAGAUGCCAGAUGUCUGGAUAAAUUUGGCACAUGUUCAUUUCGCUCAAGGAAAUUUUACAUUGGCCAUAAAAAUGUAUCAAAAUUGUUUGCGCAAAUUCUAUUACAACACAGACAGUCAGAUUCUUCUGUAUUUAGCCCGUACGCAUUAUGAAGCUGAACAGUGGCAGGACUGCAAAAAGACGUUACUGAAAGCCAUUCAUUUGGCCCCUUCAAAUUACACGUUAAGAUUUGACACAGGUGUUGCGCUGCAGAAGUUCUCGGCAUCCACACUACAAAAAACAAAAAGGACUGUGGAUGAGGUGCGUGCCACGGUUGCUGAGCUCCAAAAUGCUGUUCGUGUGUUUAGUCAAUUGUCUGCAGCUUCAAAUUUACAAUUUCAUGGGUUUGAUGAGAAGAAAAUUGAAACUCAUGUUGGAUACUGCAAACAUUUGCUGGAGGCUGCGAAAGUUCACUGUGAUGCUGCCGAACUGGAAGAUCAACAAAAUAGACAUAGACUAGAACUUGCUCGUCAAGCAGCAAUACGGGAAGAAGAGAGUCGAUUGGCAGAAGAGCAGAAGAAAGUCAAGUUAGAAAAACGAAAACAAGAGGAUGAACUGAAGAAGGUGAUGCAACAGGAACAGGAUCUAGAGCGCAUUAAGGAAACUUGGAAGAGUAGUGGAUCUAAGCGAAAAGAUAGAACUCAAAACGAUGACGAGGAGGGUGGACAAGGAGAGAGGAGGAGAAGAAAAAGUAGCGGUAAGAAGAGAAAAAGAGACAAGAAAGCAGAAGCUCAUGUCAAUGAUCAAGAUGAAUAUGAAGAGGAUAACAAUAACACAAACUCUUAUGAACCAGAGAAUCAAGUUAAUGAUCCAGUAGAUGAAGAUCCACAGGAUCUGCUUGCGGCUGCUGGCCUUGAAGAUUCUGAUGCUGAUGCAGGUGCUCCCUCAUCAAAUACAGGCAGAAAAAUCCGAAAAUGGUCGGAGUCUGAGGAUGAUGAGCCAGAAAUCAGGCAACCUAGUUCCAGUCCUGUAAGAGAGAAUUCUGUGGAGAUGCAACUAAGUGAUGGAGAAUAGUCGUUUAAGAUCUACGUAGGGUGCUCCCUCAUCAAAUACAGGCAGAAAAAUCCGGAAAUGGUCGGAGUCUGAGGAUGAUGAGCCAGAAAUCAGGCAACCUAGUUCCAGUCCUGUAAGAGAGAAUUCUGUGGAGAUGCAACUAAGUGACGGAGAAUAGUCGUUUAAGAUCUACGUAGGUCAGUUGCUCUCUCUUGCCAUUCAUUGGUAAUGAUUUUUGUAAUAGUCUGAAUUUCAAUAUGUUUGUAACUUAAAAGUAUUACAUGUUGUAUAACUCUUAGAGACGACCCUGUGGGAGAUGCAACUAAGUUAUGCAGAUUAGUUGCAACAGGCUCUGGUUUAAUCAAAUUAUGGAGUUAAAGUUAGGUUAUUAGGUUAUUAGGUCAGUUUCUCUUGCAGUUGUCAUUUACAUUGAUUCUUAGUAAUUCUUUGUUAUUAUUUACUGUAAAAA